AUGCAGGCCGUUGCCCAAGCCCUCGUGCAUCGCGGCCACGAAGUUGUUUGGCUGGCCAGUGCGGAACACAAGCAUCGCGUUCUAGCCACUGGAGCAAUCUUUGUUGAGACUCGAGCCAUCGCCGUGAUUGACGCAUCAUUUCAAAGCGAGAAUUCUACAGGCCUUCUCGACCGCCAGUUUAGUCGACACGCGAUGCGUCUCCUGGCUCAAGUUGCCGACUAUCGAGCUAUCUUGGCCGACUUCGCCGCCGACGCACUCCUUGUCGAUGUCUUCCCUGGUGGCGCCCGCGCUCUCUACGAACUUGGCGAAAUCCCCGUAUAUGCGACUCUUGGGGUGAUUCCAUUCUACACUUCAGGGCCUGCAGCUCCUAUGCCGGUGUCGGGAAUGCCGCCUCCUGCUUCGUGGCUGGGUCUGGCUAUGAAUGGAAUCUUACAGCUCUUUGACCAAUGGGUUCUACUCCCUUUGUUCUUGGCUCCUGUGCUUAAUGAGCAGAGACUCAAACUUGGAUUGAAAAUACUUCCAUAUGGAGAGCCGCCAGAGUCCUUUCAAUACAGCCCCUUUCUUCACAUUCAAGCUUCAUGCUCCACUCUCGAGUUUUCUCUGGAUCCCAACUCAGAGCAGCACAAGAAGAUAACCUACGUCGGCCCAUUGGUGUGCACAGAUCCGAAUGCAGAGAUACAGCUUCCCUCUUGGUGGGAGGAUGCAGUGUCACAUUCACGAGUUGUUGGAAUCACUCAAGGGACGCUUGCUACGGACCCUACUUCGUUAAUCAUACCUUCAGUUCAGGCGCUCAAGGACGACCCGACCUUUCUCCUCAUCGUGGUGUCACCGCACUCGCAAAAGAUUGAGGCACAAGUGGGAUUUUCAGCCAAUGUCCGUUAUGCAGACUGGCUACCUUACUACCUCCUACUCCCGCGGUUGAGUCUGUUGAUCACCAAUGGCGGCUAUGGAAGCAUAACUCAGGCGCUAUCUCAUGGAGUUCCUCUCCUUUGCGCCGGUCAAUCGGAAGACAAAAAAGACACAGCCGCUCGGGUAACUUGGUGCGGUGCCGGUAUCGACCUUAGAACGGACAAUCCGACACUCAGCCAAGUCAGAACGGCUGCCACAGAGGUCCUUUCAGACGGGAGCUAUGCAUUGAGAGCAAAGCUUUUGGGCAAAGAACUUACGAAGGCGGGAGGUGCACGAAAAGCUGCAGAGUCACUGGAAAAGCUGGUUAGGGGCACGGCAACCGAAAGUGAGGAUUCUGCAGAUGAAUGA